CUGCUAGCUAGAGCUAACUUACUUUCCACCAGCAGGAUAGACGAAUCUGCUGCUGCUGCUGCUCACGUUCAGACCACGACUAGUGAGAGAGAGAGGGGGAGAGGUGGGAGUGAGGGGGGGUGUAUGUAUGUGUGGAGGAGCGGGAGUAAGCGUGCUAGUGUGAAUGUGAGUGUGUGAGAGAGAGAGUGUGUGUGUGUGAGUGUGUGUGGAGGAGAGAAAGGGAGCUGGGCUGUGGUAUGCGUCUGCCUCUGCAAGCCGUGUAGAGAGAGUUGAAUGUAGCGGUAUAGACUCUCCCCCGCUGUGAGAAGUGAAAGCUUUCUCAGCUGCACAGAAAAAAAGAAGAAGAAAUAAAGAGAAAGAGUGAGGGAGAGAACCAGGACUGGAGGAACUUUCCUGAGUCUGCUGCCGAACCAAACAUGCUUCUUACCCCGGGAGAGUUUCUCUCGGGCUGUUUCUUCAUCCUCCUGUGCGUCGCCUGCUCCUCGCAGCUGUCCUUGUCGCCUGAGGAAGCCAGCCAGUUUUUAAGAAGACCAAAACGAGCGAACCAGGUUUUUGAGGAAACCAAACAAGGACACUUGGAGAGAGAAUGUGUGGAGGAGAGAUGUACAAAAGAAGAGGCGCGAGAAGUGUUUGAGAACGACCCUGAAACGGAUUACUUCUACCCCAAGUAUUUGGCUUGUGUGGAGAAGUUCGGAGAGAAGAAGAAAGGGGACCUGGUCACCUGUGUCCACAACAUUCCAGACCAGUGCUCCCCUAACCCAUGUAAUCACCAGGGGACAGUGCGCUGUGAGGACAGAAAGGGAGAAUUCCUUUGUCACUGCUUUACAGGGUGGACUGGCCUCAAGUGUGAAGAAGAUGUGAAUGAGUGCAGUAAAGGAAAUGGAGGGUGUGAUCAUGAGUGCACUAACUCAAUGGGAAGUUACCAUUGCUCCUGUCAUAAUGGUUAUGCACUGUCUGGUCAUCACACAUGUCUAGACAUUGAUGAGUGUGAAGACAGUCCUGACGUGUGUGGAACAGCACAAUGCAGGAACCUUAUUGGGAGUUACGAGUGCCUUUGUGAAACCGGCUACGUUUACGACAAUGAGACGAAAACCUGUCAAGACGUGGACGAGUGCGAGUCACGUGUGUGUGAAGAGGAGUGUGUCAACACGCCUGGGAGUUUCCGUUGCUUCUGCGAUGGCAGACAGGGCAAAAAGCUCAGGCAAGACCUGAGGAGUUGUGAGUCCAUUGAGCCUUGUCUUGCUUUGGACAUGAAGAGGAACUCUCGCUCUCUGUACCUGGGCCGCAUGUUCAGUGGGAUUCCUGUGGUCAAGCUACGCUUCCGCCGCAGAGUUCACACCGGCUUCACGGCAGAGUUUGACCUGAUGACGCAUGACUCGGAGGGGGUGAUCUUCUUUGCUGGUGGACACUUAAACAGUUCCUGGAUUGUACUGGCAAUCCACCAAGGGAAACUGGAGUUACAGCUGAAAUAUGGUGCGGUGAGCCGGGUGACUAGCAGUGGUCCGUUGGUUAACGAUGGACAGUGGCACAAGAUAUCAGUAGAGGAGCAAGGGAGAAGCCUGGUUAUAAAAAUUGACAAGGAGGCAGUGAUGAAGAUAGCAGUCAAUGGAGACCUCUUUACACUGAAGAAAGGCAUGCAUGAACUCAACCUGACUGUUGGCGGGGUUCCAUUCAAAGAGGAUGGGCUGGUUAACAAGGUAAACCCACGGCUCGAUGCUUGUAUGCGAGAUUGGCGCUGGCUGACUGGGGAAGACUCAUCCAUCCAGGAGACCAUCCGCAACAACGAGCGCAUGCAGUGCUACCACAGUGAAGACCACAGCUCAUUUUACCCAGGCCAUGGCUUUGCCUACUUCAACCACAGCCACGGUGACACCCAGACGCUUAGUAUACAGUUGACAAUUCGGCCUGCCUCUACCAUGGGAGUUCUGUUUGCACUCGUUCGUCAGGACCACGUCCCUCUCUCCAUCUCCCUUUCUGACUAUCAUUCUGGAAAGAAGGCAUGGAAUGAGUACAUACUGGUGUCUUUUGGUGAUGUGACUGUGGCCAGCGCCGCAGUCAGCCUUUGUGACUCAGACACACACACAGUGAACGUGACAGUGUCCGGAAACAGCACCAUACUGGAGGUGGAUGGGCAGCAGGGCAUGACUGAAUUCGUGGAGAAUUUGGAGCCACUGGACCUGUCGUCCUCAUACAGCACUUUUAUUGGAGGUAUACCAGAUGUUUCUCUGGUGUCCACUCCAGUCUCUGCCUUUUACACAGGCUGCAUGGACGUCACGGUCAACGGCCAGCUGUUAGACCUGGACGAGGCCCAGCACAAGCACAAUGAUAUCCGCUCUCAUGCCUGCCCUCUGGUGGCGCAAACAAGUGAAAGUAAAAAUGUCAUUAGGGCAGAAUAGAGCCCAAAGAGAACUCAUAGGGCUAAUGUUUAUUUUUGGACCUAGCUUAAGCCUAGCCCUGGAACCAAAAUGCCUUUAAAAGGAGAAGGUCCCAUCAAAGUGAAUUUUAGUUCAAGAUUAAAGCUUAACCUGGGUCUUAGGGCUGGCACAAAAAGGCCUUAUCAAGCCACACCCCCUGCGUACACUCCUUUUGGUUCUACCAAACUUUAUAUUUUAAAGUUCAGUUUUACUGUGACAAGCCAUUCACUCCAAACCAUGCAACAGUGGCCCUUUACAUACACCGUCUUCCAACAGUAAGCAACGUAUACACAACCACAUAAACACUGUAACUUGUAUAUUUAUAUUAUACUCACUGAGACACAGGGGAGGAGGUGUAUACUUACAUUAGAGAGGUGAAAAGCACUGUGCUGCAACACGAGCUACUGAGAAAGAGUGCGCUGUAACAUACUGUAUAUGUAAAUACGAGACUGUACAAUGCUUUUUAGACAAAAAGAAACAAAAAACGACAUCCAACUACCUUAACUCCUAGAAAAACAGGCCUUAAGCCAUCAAAGGCCAAGUAGAGGUGCUCAAAGUCAUCACCAGUCAUUUUUAUGUUUUGAUUUUGAGUUCUGGUCUUCCUUAUUUUGUUCAGGCUGUUUGUUUUUAAUCUUCUGUACUGUAUAUGAAAUCUUUGUUUUUGUAUUUCUCUUAUGUUGGCCCUUGGGGUGUUCAGCCAGCGCUAAGGGAGAUCUUUAGUCUCUACCAUCUUAAAGGAGACUAAGCGCUAUUUGAAAAAAUAAAUAAAUAAAGGUGGUUGUAAUAAAA